GAGGACUGGAAAGGUCCAACCAAUGUUUUUUACUUGCUUUAGUGGCUGUGGCUCCCUAAUUAAUUGCAGCUAUCUGUCUCCUAUCGAUGUGUGUGUACAUGUGUGUUGUGUGUGUGUGUUUGGUUUUUUCUCCUCAAACCGAACAUGAGAUAGUUUGUUGGGCUAUACUUUCUUUCUUCCUAUCUAUCCCCCCUUCCUUCCUUCCUUCCUUCCUUCCCGUCCUGGUUCGCAGGCACAGACAGGACACAUUGAAGCCCAGCUGUGCUCGUCGCUUUUGCUCGCCGCCGUUUCCCCUCGUUGCCGGUGAUGUUGGACAUGGGAGAGCGCAAAGAGGUGAAAAUGAUUCCUAAAUCGUCGUUCAGUAUAAACAGUUUGGUGCCCGAGGCCGUGCAAAGCGACAACAACAACCACCAGAACCAGCACCACCACCAGAACCAGCACCACCACCAGAACCACCACCGGCCCGGCGGCGCGGACGAGCUGGAGCAGAAAGCUCCUGCACCGGACGGAAAAGCGGAGCCCAAAAGUGACGCGUCGAACCAGGAGAGCUGCGCGGACGAGAAGGAGCAGCAGCAGCAGGAGGAGAAGAAGGAGGCGAAGGACGGCGACGGCGGCGGCGGCGGCGGCGGCGGCGCCGCGGGGAAGGACGGCGACAAGAAGAGCGGCAAGUACGAGAAGCCCCCGUUCAGCUACAACGCCCUGAUCAUGAUGGCCAUCAGGCAGAGCCCCGAGAAGCGCCUCACGCUCAACGGCAUCUACGAGUUCAUCAUGAAGAACUUCCCCUACUACCGCGAGAACAAGCAGGGCUGGCAGAACUCCAUCCGCCACAACCUCAGCCUCAAUAAGUGCUUCGUCAAGGUGCCGCGGCACUACGACGACCCGGGCAAGGGCAACUACUGGAUGCUGGACCCGAGCAGCGACGACGUCUUCAUCGGCGGCACCACCGGGAAGCUGCGGCGGCGCUCCACCACGUCCCGGGCCAAGCUGGCCUUCAAGCGGGGCGCGCGCCUCACCUCCGGCCUCACCUUCAUGGACCGGGCCGGCUCGCUCUACUGGCCCAUGUCGCCCUUCCUGUCGCUGCACCACCCCCGCGCCAGCAGCGCGCUGGGCUACAACGGCGCGUCGUCGGGCUACGCGGGCCACCCCAUGUCCUACAGCAGCAUGCUGACGCAGAACAUGGGCAGCAGCCACUCGUCGUUCCCCGCGUCCAACGGGCUGAGCAUGGAGCGGCUGGUCGGCGGGGACCUCCCGUACGCCACGCACCACCUGACGGCGGCGGCCCUGGCGGCCUCGGCGGUGCCGUGCGGCCUGUCGGUGCCCUGCUCCGGGGCCGCGUACUCGCUGAACCCGUGCUCGGUCAACCUGCUGGCCGGGCAGACCAGCUACUUUUUCCCGCACGUGUCGCACCCGCCCAUGGCCGCGCAGGGCGGCGGCGGCGGCGGCGGCGGCGCGCUGCAGGCCGCCCGGGCUUCGGCCUCCAACUCCCCGCAGGCGCCGUCCUCGUCCUCGCUGCCCUGUGACUCUCUGCGGCCGGCGCUGGCGGCGCCGCUGCCGGCCUUCUCCUCGGGACUUUCCGGGGGGUUGUCUGACUAUUUUACGCAUCAGAACCAGGGCUCGACCUCCAACCCGCUUAUACACUAACGGUCCGAAGGAGCGUGACUGAACUGAACUACAGUGUACAGAGUAACAAAUGAUUAUGAGGCGCCCGCUAUAGAAACAGAGGAGAGACUGGCAGAACGCAGCCCUGACGUUCCAGGUAUUUUUUAAUAUUAUUAUUGCGCUUCUUCUUCUUCUUCUGCAGUUUUACUGUGUGUACAUAACGUCUGUCUGUAAAGUACUGUCCGCUACGUGCAAUGUGUUCCGAGCUCAACAGAGAGAGUGAUGAGAGCUGUUCUUCUGUUCUUCUUGGACGAGGCAUUACUUUUUAGAGAAUGUGUAUUUAAAAUAGUUUGGUCUAAUUUCCAGAUCUAAAGCUAAUAAUAAGAAUUAAAUAUGUCUAAUGGCCGUUUCUCCCGCAUGUUUGCAGUAUUAUCAGGUAUCAUGCGCUUAGAAACGAAGCGGCGGUGAAUGAUUUUAUUUGACAAAAUUUAAACACUAAUAUUUUAUUUUGACUUUUUAUUUUCCAUCCAGUGAAAUGUGUUCUAGGCAGAACGUGAAAGUCGCGAGGCCGUUUCUCCAUCGCUUCAUUUUAACCUGUUCAUGUUCGUGUAGACCAAAGAAUCUGUUCUAGGGAAUGUAGUCAGUAUUCAGCUGCAGAACAAGCCGAGGCCCAGUGGCUCAGUGAAUGAGUGAGUGUGAGCGAGUGAAGGUCAACGAUGCCUCCCUCACUGCAGAAAAGAUCCAUUUAAACGAGAUUCCCGCCUUUGCCUUCUCACGCGGGCUCGUUGUUUCACCAGCUGGAGGGAAUUUGCCUUAAUCCGCCACGUUUGCGCGUGAACGUCCAACAGCCUGAGCGUCAGCGUCUCGUUUGGUGGAUGUUUUCCGCAGCUGCCCGUCAUGUGCUUAUUUGAUUGUAAACGUGAUCACGGACGUUCACGCUUCUUUUAUGUUUUGUACAAUUAGACAAGAGAAAUGUUCACCUGUGAGUUGAAUUUAAGGUUUUAGGCUUGUCUUUAUUUUUUUUCAAAGAGGAAGAACAAUGUAAAAAUCCGUUCGUUUGACAGAAGAAAAUGCCUCAUUAUCUAAUCCUACUGGAAUGACUGUCCUUUAAUUGUCGUCUCUAAAACGAUUUUUAUGGUUGUGAUACUAUUGUGGUCUUAUUCUUAUUCCCGUGUGUGUCGCUUACAAAAGUAAAAAAGAAAAAAAUGUUUUAAUCCUACAAUACAAAUAAAAGAAUAGGUUACAUUCAUAA